AUGGAAGAAGCUGUCAUUUCUGGCUUGAUAGAUAUCACUGGAGCUGCAGGAACUAUUUAUCUUGGAGUUCAAAGGCACGCCAUGGUCAGUGACGCGGUAACAACGGCUGGAUGGAAAAUACGGGGUGGGAGAAGCAGACAUUUUCAAGAGCUUCACAAUGUCAUUAUUGCAACAAACGUUCCUCAGACGGAGAGAGGCAGAGAUGUAGUGCUAUGGAGGCACGGAGAUGAUGAUUUCAGGGAUACUUUUUCAUCUUCUAAUACGUGGGAUCAGCUUAGAACAAAGCGCACUAAAGUCGACUGGUACAGAGUGGUGUGGUUUCCACAAGGAGUGCCGCGCUACUAUUUCAUCACCUGGCUAGCUAUAAAAAAUAGGCUAUCUACUGGUGAUCGCAUGAGGCAAUGGGGGAUGCUCCAAGGUUGUGAGCUAUGUGGAGAAAGGGAUGAGACAAGAGAUCAUUUGUUUUUUGCAUGCCCAUAUUCAUACACUAUUUGGGAAGUAACAGCACGUAAAUUGAUGGGCUCUGGUGUCAAUCUGGAUUGGCAGUGGACAAUACAGCGUUUGGAGACAAUAGGUACAAAAGGGGUUGAUUCAUACAUUGCUCGACUCCUAUUUCAGACACUCAUCUAUCACAUAUGGCGAGAGAGGAACGCCAGGCGCCACCAGCAACCUCGAAACUCCAUAGAACAGAUGCGCAGGCUCAUAGACAAGGCUAUGAGAAACAGGAUAUAUUCCCUUAAAUAUCGGCCACAGCACAAGCUAUGA